GACGAACUAACCGUCAAAUGGGAAUUUACAUUUUGGCCGUUGUUUUCUUCUAUAUAGUGCGGUGCGUUCUUUGAAUAUUUUUGACGAAUUCCUUUGGAUUAUUAUUAAUUAUAUUUUGAAAUCGGUGACAAUCAUGCCGUCUGGAGACAUAAUCGAAACGAUUUUUGAAGACAAUUCGACAUCCGAGCUUUGUUCUCUGAUAGACUUUCUUCCCUUUGAAGAAAUCGAAUCGUCUGAAUGCCCUUACAAUGAAUUGUACGAAUACGAUGCCGCUAAGCCAAAGGAUCACUCAGCCAUAAACGGAGACGAUAAAUUCUUAGAUAGCAUGAUUAAAAGUUUAUUAGACAAUGGUGAUAAUAAAAACGGCAUAUCGAAUGAAACGACAUUUGAACUGGAAAAUAUCUUCGAUAAUGCAGUGGAGAACAGUGCGAUGUCGGUAUUAGGUGUCGAUUUAAAUUUCCACACAAACUGUGACAAUAUCGGCGGUGUAUUCAAAGAUAAUCAGGAACUAGAUCUGGGAGGGCAGCUGUCCGAAAAAGUGAACGAGAUAUUUGCGAAUACAUCAUUCGACUUAGUGAUCGAAGGAGUUCCAAAGGAGUGUGAGACGCCAGAGAUCGUUAGCAUGUUUCCUCAUAUGAAUAACGAGAAAAAUCGACGACGUAGAAGCUUGCUUUACGAGAAUACGUGCUCACAAUACCACAAAAAAGGGGACAAAACCAAUCAAAAUCAGGGUAUUAUGUAUAAAAGAAAAGAUCACGACUAUACUCAGAAAACCAAGCCGGAAGACGAAAAAUACUUCACUUGUCCUAUACCGAACUGUGAAAAGAUUUACGCUAAGUCUUCUCACCUCAAGGCACACCUUAGGAGGCAUUCUGGAGAGAAGCCGUUUGUGUGUAACUGGGUGAACUGUACUUGGAGAUUUUCUAGAUCUGACGAAUUAGCACGUCAUAAGAGGUCACAUAGCGGCGUUAAACCCUAUAAGUGCGAACUAUGUGAGAAAGCUUUCGCUCGGUCAGAUCAUUUGGCAAAACACAGGAAAGUGCACAAGAAAAAAAUGGCCCAGAACGGAACUUACUUUAUCAAAAAACGGACUCGAUAGCAUCGUGCGAGUGUAACUACGGUGCUUAAAUAUCAAAAUAAAGCCUUAUACAGGGAAAACUAAAUUCUAUUUAAAUGUGCAGUAUUAAUCAGCUCUAAGCACAGGCUUUUUGGAUCAUCAGGCCCAUUUUUUUAUACAGCGUCCUAAACCUUGACAAAAUAUUGUUUCAUUUGUCUGAGGUUUAAAAAUUGAUUCGUACUUUCCAAACGCAGCUAGUUUUUAGGGAAAAUGCAGAUAUAAUUCUUUUAAAUAAUUGUAUACCUCUGACAGUUGUCACUCUUAAAACUUGU